AUGCAGCAGCCUGAAACCCAGCAGCCAACUCAGCAAACAGCGACAGAAAUACUGGAUCCAGCAGUUCAGUACCUGCGUCGGAGGAGAUCAGCUCUGUGGAUGACCGUGUCUCUGCUGCUUCUGGCUCUGGUGGUGCUGACUGUGGGUCUGAUCUCUGCCACUCGCACUGACAACGUGCCUGUUGCUGGAUAUUACCCCGGCAUCACCCUGAGUUUUGGAGCAUUUCUGGGCAUUGUUGGCAUCCACCUGGUGGAAAACCGCAGACCCAUGCUCGUGGCAGCGAUCAUAUUCAUCAGUAUCGGAGUCAUUGCGUCUUUCUUCUGUGCCAUUGUGGACGGGAUCAUCGCGUCAGAGUUCAUUGACACAAGGCCCUUGCAAGAGGACAUGUGUGACUUCUACGCCAGUGGAUCGGGAUAUGCCUACGACAGCUACUAUACAGAGGUGACGUGCCGUUCAUUCGACAAAGCGUGCAAGCUGAAACUGAGGAGCAACACCUGCUACUGCUGCUACCUGUACAACUGUGAGAGCUUAGAGUACCACACGCAGUACUAUCAGUUUACCGGGGUCAGCAGCUGCUGGGAUGUGAUCCACCUGCACCGUCUGCUGUGGGCCUCAGUGGUGCUCAACGUGAUCGGCCUGUUCCUGGGAAUCAUCACUGCCGCCAUCCUUGGAGCGUACAAAGAUAUUCAGAAGCCAACUCCGCAGAUGGCUCCCAGCCCCACACCACCACCCCACAUCCUGUACAACCCCAACCAGCACAUGCUCACCUACGCUGGCUUCUGUCCUUCGGGACAGACUCUGCCCGCCUACCCCAACUAUCCAAUACCCAUGCAGCACAACAACGGCUACCAGCCACCUGCUACUCCCCAGAUGAUCCCUGAUGGAGGCCCUGCAUCCAACUCCUGCCUGUCUGAGGAGAACCAGAACCAGCAGCCCUCUCAGGCUCCCACCCAGCCACAGCCUCAGGGAGCCACCCAGGAACCAGGGGGCUACAUGCUGACACCCAACGCUCCUGUCCUCUAUGGAUCUGCCUACAACCCCUUUGAGAAACCUCCACCUUACGCCUGCUGAGCCCUUAGAUAAACACAUGGGGCAUGUUGGAGAAAAAAUAUCUUGAUCUGGUCAGACUGAAUGUAGCAC